CCGCAGUCACUCACCUGAGCGCCUCGGUCUGAGCGCGCACGGCCCGCGCGUCCUCCGCCCGCCCGCCCGCUCACCAGCCCGCCCGGCCCUCGACUCAUGUCCCGCCGCAAGGCCGGCUGCAUGCCCCGCCGAGUAGACCCCGCGCCCGCCGCCAACACAGACGACGAGAUGGAGAUGCCGGACCUCGUCAUCGAAAUGAAGCCGGAGCCAGACGUGCGGCCCCUACAGGCCCCGGGGCGGGGGCCCUUCUCCCCGAAGGAAGUGCCCACGCCGGGGCGGUUCGAGGGCGAACCCCGCCGUUCCUCCGGCCCCGUGCCCGUCGGGAGCCCUCUCCACGCCCUCGGCGCGCGGAACCAGUGGGCACUGUGGACGCCGCUGAUCCUCGACCCGCGCGACCGCCAGCCCUGGACCGACAAACACCCAGAUCUGUUGACCUGCGGCCGCUGCCUGCAGACCUUUCCUUUGGAAGCCAUCACUGCUUUCAUGGACCACAAGAAGCUGGACUGUCAGCUUUUCAGAGGCCCCAGCCCCGGCCAGGGCUCAGCACGCCAGGACCCCAAGGCCCUGGGCUGCUUCCGCUGCGGGAGACAGUUCUCAGGGGCCUGGAAACUGCUGCGCCAUGCCCAGUGGGACCACGGACUGUCCAUCUACCAGACGGAACCCGAGGCCCCAGAGGCCCCGCUGCUGGGCCUGGCAGAGGUGGCCGCCGCCGUGUCGGCAGUGGUGGAGCCGGAAGCUGAGGCCAAGGGCCCCCGGGUGAGCAUCCCCCCGCGGCGGAGCCCCACCUGCCCCGUGUGCGCGAAGACCCUCAGCUCCUUCAGCAAUCUCAAAGUGCACAUGCGCUCGCACACAGGCGAGCGGCCCUAUGCCUGUGACCAGUGUCCCUACACCUGUACCCAGAGUAGCAAGCUCAACCGCCACAAGAAGACCCACCGGCAGCCACGGCCUCAGAGCCCCUUCAAGGCCAAAGCCAGUCCAGAACAGGCCUCUGCCACCGCCCCUCCUGAGCCAGCGGCCCACGCCGCGGCCCCGGCCAGCACCCUCCUGCGCAGCAGUGGCGAGAGCGCCGGAGCGGCCGCCACGGCGGGGGUCCAGGAACCCGGGGCUCCUGGUGGUGGGGCGCAGGUGGGCCCCGGCGGGGCCAGUUGGGAAGCUACCACCAAGGAACAGAGAACUGAGCCUGCGAAGGGCCCGACGUCCCCCAAGAAGCUGCCAAAGCCGGCGGUCAAGAGCCGCGGGCCCGGGGGCAGCUGUGAGUUCUGUGGAAAGCACUUCACCAACAGCAGCAACCUGACGGUGCACCGGCGCUCACACACGGGCGAGCGGCCCUACACCUGCGAGCUCUGUCCCUACGCCUGUGCCCAGAGCAGCAAGCUCAACCGCCACCGCCGCAUGCACGGCCUGGGGCCGGGCAGCACCCGCUUCGAAUGUCCCCACUGCUGUGUGCCCUUCGGCCUGCGUGCCACCCUGGACAAACACCUGCGGCAGAAGCACCCCGAGGUGGCCGGGGACGCCUGAGGCACGGGAACGCCCUCUCUGCGGUCCCUGGUACCACCGUUACUGUGCUUGUCGACCUUGGCCUUGGCUCUGCUGCGAGUAAACCUCCCGCCUAGAACACA